GAUACGGAGGCGCGUCGCAAUUCAGUCGUUUUGCUACUUGUUUCAAGAAUCAAAAUGGUGGCGUUAAAUAUGCGGGGGCUAGUGAUGCCAGUGUUCACCUGCUUCAACAAUAAUUUUACUGUCAACUUUAACGCUAUUCCUGCGUACGCGCAGUAUGUCCUGCAGUCUGGCUAUAAGUCAAUCCUAGUCGGCGGCACGACAGGCGAACACAUGACCAUAAGUGUGGCCGACAGAAAAAAGGUGAUAGACUCAUGGUUGGCCGCAAUCAAGCCCGCCGGUAUACACGUCCAGGUCCAAGUCGGCGGGGCACCCAUCGCCGACGUCCAGGAAUUGGCCAAAUAUUGUCAGUCAGUAGGCGUGGAUUCUAUCCUCACCAUGCCGGAGCUAUACUUCAAGCCCAAGAAUGCGGACGAAUUAGUCUCCUAUGUAGCACUGGUCGCGCAGGCAGCGCCGAAGCUGCCUAUACUCUAUUACCACAAUCCCCCCAGGAGCAGAGUUGAAGUAAACGCGCCAGAAUUUGUAGCUAAGGCGACCGCUCGCAUUCCUAAUUUUAAAGGCAUUAAGUAUUCCCCGAGAGAUUUGAGCGAGGCUGCUCAAGUGCUGAGGGUUCUGAAAGAUGGACAAGAGAUGUUCGUAUCAGCCGAUACCCUAUUAGCUCCAGCAGCGCUGCUCGGCGUGAAAAACUUCAUGUGCAUAUCCUUCAACUUGUUCCCGAAGCUGGCAGAGGAUAUCAUAGCUGCUGUGGAAGCCAGCGACGUCCCCAAAGCGCGCGCGCUGCAGGAGACUCUUAGCCUUGCGAUAGAGGCCCAUACAGCUGAGGGUGAACUGGUGGCAGCGAUUAAAGCUGGCAUGGGGAUCGUAACUGGCGUGAAAGUUGGCCCGCCAUCUCAGGUCAAUAAGCCGCUAGCCCCUGAAGCAAAAAAGCGGAUCGAGGACAGACUCAGGGCGCUUAAACUAGUCAAAUAGAAUUGAGAGCAAAAACUGGAAACCGGAAAGCCCGACAGAAUGCAUCAGGCGUUAAAUUUAUAAUGAGAGGAU